GCCGGCCUGCCCGAUGUCGAUAUAUUCUCUCAAAUCAAAACGCGCUCCAUCGAGAAAACGCUACUCCCACUCAUCAAGCAGGUACGCCACAAUGCAUGCAUUUCUAGAAUCACCGGAACGUAAUCUUCAAAUCUACUUUGUUCAUGACGUGUGUCCGCAUAACAGCUGGACUGGAGUAACCCUCUGACGUAGCCUCGUUGCGCUGACGAUUUUCCCAGAUUUUACGCACUGUCUACAGCCGUAACUCUAUUUUCGGAGCGUAUUAUCGUCAGUGCGCGACGCUGCUGACUGCGGCGCCUUUACGUCAGAUGCCCGAUUUUCCCGCCGAGACGACAUCUGUUGCAUGCCGUUUCGCGCCGACGCAGUUCAGAUGCGAUAGAAUAGCGCCAGUUUUAAAGGCCCGAGUUUAUCGAUGAUACAAAAGCCAACGUCAAUCUGUCGAAAUGCAUCCUUUUCUUAUCCUUUGCACAAAAGCGGAAAAUAUAAAGUUAUGAUCGGAAAAUGCUGGUAGGCUCGGUGAGUUUUAGUCAGGAGCUCGGGGCGGGCGGCCACGUGGGCUCGUAGAGGGCGGGUGCGUGCGGGUGGCGGCGGCGGCGGAUCGAUGCUCCCGGUCCGUCAGUGCCGCGGCAGACUCGGGCUGAGCGGCGCGGUGCCGCACACACACUCCAGCGCCACGGAGCACGUGCGCUGCGCGCCCGCGACAGCGCGCCGCCGAGCGCGCGCCACCCCUACACGCGCACGCCGACAUGGAUGCGCUCUCCGAUGACGACGAAUACCUGUGCCGCGAGCCCCAGAUCAGCAGCCUGGUGGCGACGCGGGGCGAGGCGGCGGCGGGCGGCGCGGCGGUGCAGCGGGUGGGCGCCGCCGUCUGCUGCGCCGUGGAGCGCUUCGUGGCCGUCGGCGAGACCAUCGCUGACGACAAUCCUGACGUGCGGCACAGCAUGGUACUCGCCUGCAAAGAAGCCAGAGCUGCAGGUCGUGCAAUAGAGCGUGUGUGCGCGGGUGCGGAAGGCGCGGGGGCUGGCAUGGUGUCGGCGGCGCGCGCGCUGCUCGCCUCCGUCACCAGGGUGCUGCUGCUGGCUGACAUGGUGGUGGUCCGGCAGCUGUUGCUCGCCAAGGACAAGGUGGCGCGGUCGUUAGAUCGCUUAGAAUCCGUAUCUAACUUUGCGGAGUUCGUCCGCGCUUUCACGGAAUUUGGGGGAGGAAUGGUGGAACUUGCAAGACUGACGGCGGAGCGGCGGGCGGACCUUCGAGAUGAAAGGAGAAGAGCACAAGUAGCCGCAGCGAGGAAUGUUCUUGAACGUUCAACGCUUAUGCUUCUUACCUCAUCAAAGACGUGUAUGCGGCAUCCAGGCAGCGCGUCCGCGCGGGAGAACCGAGACACGGUAUUCUGCCAGAUGCGACGCGCUAUGGACCUCAUACACUACGUGGUGCGGGACGGUCUCCCUGGCCACGAAGAAACUUCACACGAGUUGCAACCUUACUCGGAUAGUCACGAUCAGGUACAAAUGAUACAUGCUGCGCAAUGGGAGGCAGGGACCGCGCUAGGCGCGCUGCGCGGUCUGUCGACGCAGGUGCGAGCGGCGCGGGCGAGAGGCGGCGCAGACGCGGCCAGAAGAAGAGCUCUGGCCGCUACGUUGCGAGCCCUCGUGGAGAGGACACACGACUUCACAGACUCAGCCUACACGUCGCACGAGCACAGGCAAAGGAUACUGGCCCUGGCCGAGAGAAUAGCAUACGAACUGGAGAGACUAGUAGCGGUUGCUGUGUCAUUAGAAGAACAAAAUGGGAACAGCAGUGGGGCAGCACUAGAGAGUGCAUGUACAGGAGCCACCAGUGCGGCCUCAGAGCUUGAGCGAGCCCUGGUGGUGGCAGCGAGAGACCAGGCCAAAGACCUGGCGCAUCUCGCUGAAGAAGCGAGGAAACUCGCUUCAGACCUUGCGCACAUAGGUAAUCGUCAACGCAAAAUAGCUAGUUCCUGCGGUGAGAGAGAAUCAGAGAGACUGCAUAGUAUAGCGAGCCUACUACACGAGCAAUUAGAUCAUAUAAUUGAGGUUUGCAAAUUGCUCAGGCAUAUCGCGUUGUCGGAGACGUUACAAGUGAGUGCGAAGUUUGCGGAAAUCAACUUGCGGAUAUACGGCCCGCAAGUGGUGACCGCCGCGCGCACGCUGGCGGCGCACCCCAGCAGCGCGGCGGCCAGGGAGAACCUCGAUGUGUUCGUCGACAUGUGGGCGUGGCUGCUCGCCGAUGCUGCGCGACUCGCGAAGGAACUGUUAGAUUUAACGGACGAAAGACCUGACAAACAACAAUAUAGUAGUUUGCCUAGACCCGGAAAACAUGGAACGACAAGUAAGCCAUUAAAAGCUGUCCGAUUAGAUUCUGACGAGCAAGCGAAAAUUGCGAAGUCAGGAUUGGAAAUGAAAAUGAUGUCCUCUGAGAUGGACGCGGAGACUGAAAAGUGGCAGGGUGCUGAUGAAAACAACGAUAUUGUGAAGAGGGCGAAAAAUAUGUCUUCCAUGGCCUUCGCUAUGUACCAGUUCACAAAGGGUGAAGGCCGUCUUAACACUACACAAGACCUCUUCACACAAGCGGAAUACUUUGCAGAAGAAGCUAAUAGACUAUAUAAAAUUGUUCGACAAUUUUCCUAUCAGGUCCCUGCCGGAACGAUAAAGAAGGAGCUGUUGGAACAUUUAGACAAAGUUCCUACGUAUGUUCAGCAGCUUCAAUUUACCGUGAAGGAGCCGACUGUGGGAAGGGCAGCGACCUUCAGCAAAGUUGACAAUGUAAUCCAAGAGACCAAGCACCUCAUGAACGUCAUCAGUAAAGUUGUCACGACUUGCUUUGACUGCGCGAACAAGGUACCUUUGGCGUGGGAGACGAGUGUGGGAGUGAUAAAAAGGCACCAGAGUGUUGCACCCGGUCUUAUACUGUUGGACAAAGCGAUUAACAAAUCCUCAACAAAUACAGGGGGCGAUUCGUACAAAUUGGACUUCACGGGGCUAUCGGCGGCGGGCGCCGGGCGCGGGAGCUCGCGCGACGAGGAGGCGGCGGGCGGCGCGAGCGGCGACGCCAAGCCCGGGGGCAGCUCGUCCGACACGGCCAUGUGACAGUACGGCAUGGGCCGGCGCGGCAAAGGCGACGCGCGCCGGACCAGGGUCAGCUUCCUCUUGUUUUAAGAAAAACGUCUUAGAACAACUCGUCGCCGCCGUCGGCUGGGCAAAACGGUGGAGUAGGAGCUACUCGUUUAAUUAUAUGGGGAAAAAAGUUCCUCUAAUUUUUUUUUAUCCUCACUUUUCAAAGUUAAUUUCUUUCACACACUAUAUAUUAAUGUACCUAAAUAACAGAGGAUAAUAUUUAAAACUCCAUUCCAAAUUAUUUUAUUUACUGAUACACGAGUGGCCUUUUCACCGUUUGUCCUGGGCGCCACAAAUGUUUUGACAAUACCUAAUCGAUCUUUAAAAGUAAAUCAUUAAUAUUUAUAUUCUUGAAAAAGUAAACAGGUAUGCAAUACAAAUAUCGAUAACAUAAUUAAAGUAAUAGUAUUGCUAAGAAGCGCAUCGCCAAGGUUCAACAUUUUAACUGUAUACUUAUUUAUGUGGCGCCCUUUCCGACUCAUGGUUGCCAAUGUGUCCAGUUAUUCGUAAACAAUUUGCGACUGUUGGAUGGAUUGCAACUUCUCUUAAUUUAAGAUGGUUAGUACGAUAUUAAAGUAAGUUUCAGCAGACCACUUGCGACACACAAAAAACGAACUUUGUUUUUAUAUAAUACUUAUUGAUUGAUGAUUAUAUCGCAAUGAGUGAACACAACGCGUUUGGCUGUGGCUCUAAAAUACUAAUAUAGAAAUACCUACUGAAUAGAUAUAGAAAAUGAGGUAAUAUAAUGAUAAUAUACAAAAUAAAUUUUGUAAUAAAUGUUACUGUAGGUACGUCACGAUAGAUACUUUUCUCAUAAUCGUAAUCAGUAUUUUGGCUAGCUAGAAAUUAAAUAAUGCUAACCGUUGAUACACUCACGUUACUCUUGUUAUAGACAUUAAUAUUGUGAUGACUAAGUAAAGAAAGAGUGAAAUCGUACAAUAAUAAAUACGAAAACUUGUUACACUUUAAUAAUGUUACACAUCGUUACAAAAAAUACGUAAGCAACAACACAAAGAAACCUAUUUUUUAUGUUAUCCCAAGCCUGUAUAAUAUCACACCUACAUAAUUAUGUAAUUUGAAUUAGUAUGUACCUAUAGGCUAAUAAAUCCUCCCAGAUGUAUAAUUAUUUUAUCUUUAAGCGAUCUAUUAUGCACCUUGCACUUUCCAUGUCCUGUUUGCACACCGUCUUACGUUAUCUGUUGCACGUUGGCUUCCUUGUUUUAUUUUCGCAUUGAUGUUUAGCAUAACUCUACAUGCUGCGUCCAAACAUCCUACUUUCAUAAAUACACAUUCUACUCGUGCAUUCAGUGUUUUGCAUAACUACUUAGACGUUCUCUUUCAAAAAUAAAAUAUGUAAAUAUAACACUUUUGGGGACAUCUUUGUUAUCCUCUGCUCGAAUUGUCAGUGACGGAAAGAUCAGUCAUUGCAUGAACAUGUGAACGAAGAUAUAGAUGUGUGUUGCAUGUGUGUACGUGUUAAUCGAAAUGGAUGUCGUACUUCAUCUUUCCGACGGGAGGAUGUUUGGUAUUAAGAUGGGGGAACUUGACUCUGGUGGCUGCCUGCAGCACCCACGUCGCCCGGAAACGUUCAGUGUUAUAUAGACCCCACGGCAUCGAAGCACAGACCAGUGACACUAUCGCAAGCGGCCUCCUUUAUUUGUCAAAGGUCAAAUAAAUAAGUUCUGUGACCGUAUUGAAAAAAAAAAACAAGAGCAUUUAUUU